AUGGGCAUUCAUAAACGUUUCAGCCAAUUGCGCUCUAAAAGCGACAAAAUAUAUCGGCAUGGUAUUGAAAAGAAAGGGAAACAUCUGUUAUCAAUGAAAAAUAUUAAAAAAGAAAAAUUUCUUCCAUCAUUGAGUACCCAAGAUUCAUAUUCCAAGCAAGCCAAGUUCAAACGCCAAAAACAGAAGAAACGAGAAGGAUCAAAGAAAUUUGCUGGAUUGAUCGAUGUUAAAACUAAAAGACGAAAAUCAAGUUCUAGAGAAUUUAAGGAAUCUAUCAAUUCAGCGAAGAAAAAAUUCAGUGUAAAAACGGAUGGCCUGCAAGGUCAUGAAAAUGAUUCCAAAGAAGCAAUGCCAAUUAUAAAACCAGCAAUUCCUAUGAAAAAAACUCUAUUGAAGCGAUCGUCGGAAAUUGAAGAUGUGACACCACCAUAUCUUAGUUCAGAUUCAACCAUAAUCGAGAAAUUGUCGUCAGACCGAGUUGAUGCUUCGAUAUCAGAUUUAAAGAAAACGAGUAAAAAUGAGCGAAAAAGUGAAAAAAUUAUUAAACCAACGGAUCGGUUAAACUAUAGGGAAAUAGCGACCCAAAUGCCGUCAUCUUCUGGUCGUUCUUCGACUAAACCCAUUCGACCAAAAAAGUCGGAAAAAACAAAAGGAAUGACGAGGAUAAAAAUAAAAAAGAAGGGAAAAGAUAAAAAUAAAGCGUCUAGCAGAACUUUGGACUCGAAAAUGGGUUCCAGCGGCCUAAAAAUUGCAAAAAAAGUCAAACAUAAACAAACAACUGAAGAAAAACGAAAAGCUAAAAAGAAAAAAGAUAGUACUUGUAAAAAUUUUGCUAUGUUGAGGAAGUCAAUUGGUGGAAGAAUUCUAUUUUCCGACCGUGGACAUAAAGCGAAGAAAAAGCAAAAAAUAAAAGAUAAGAAGCGUAGUUCAUCUGAUAAAAAUGUUGAAAGUGCAGAUUUUUCGGAAAAAUUUUCACAACCGAGUACCGAAAGCGGUUCAAAAACAAAAUCACGAAAAAACGAAAAAAAGCAAUUAGCUAAAUUUUCAAAUAAUUUUUCGCGUAAAAUAUUUCAACUAAAACCGAAGGAAAAAUUAAGGAAAUCUCAUAAAAAAAUGAUCGAAUGCACCAAAUGUGCACAAAAUUCUAAACUUCGAACACUAAAAACAAAGCGUUCAACCACAAAAUCAAUCGGUUAUUUAUCAAAUUAUUCAAAAAUAAUUCCCAUAGAAUUAACAAAAAAAGCAAAAGCAAAUAUUGCUAAAUCAAAUAAAGCAAAGUUAUUACAAAAGUCCUCUAAUAAGAAGCAAAAAGUUUUGAAAGAAAAGAUUAAUCGCCAAAAAAAAUCGCAUGGAACUAAAUCCAUGGACGAAGCGACCAAUUCUUUGGAUCAGACGAUGGAAGACGAGAUAAGCCUUAAAAUGCCAAGCAAGGCCAACGGCAAUUAA